GUCAGUGCACUUCAAACUCCAGUCUGUCUUCGUCUGCGCGAUUUCUUCCAUUCAAUUAACCCACCUCACAUCGUCGCAAAUUCGCAUUUCCUCGACUUCGGGGGUUGAGAGUAGGGUUCCAUUGAGAAUAAUGGUGAAAAUUGUGAUCGGCGAUGAAACACAGCUCAAAUUGACGGAAGAUCGCCUCACUCGCUCCGGCGUCCCAGCCGAGGCAGGGCUUGUGAUUGGGAAGUUCAGUUCGAAGCUGGACAAAGGGUUCGUGUAUAAUCUAUUGCCUACUCCACCGAAUGACUCCGGAGAACCUCCUUGCUCGGUGAUAGAUGGCGCUGGGGAAAGUAACAAGAAUAAGAAGAAGAAUUCUUCUAAAGCGAAGUCUCAGCCCGAGGCUGCCGCUCUCUUUAUUGAUAAGGAUUGGGUGUCGGAGCAUGCGCGUCAGGUUUCAAGAAUGUUGUUGGGUGGCAUGAAGGUGAUUGGAAUUUAUGUAUGGAUUAAUGAGAACUUGUUCAAGAAUUCAACUACAACAUUAUGCCAGACAUUACUAGGAGUUGCUGAAGCAGCCUCCUCAAUGGUGAGUGACAGUAAUGAGGCAGUGCUAGUUCAUAUAGGCUAUAGCCCUCUGAGGUGGACAUGCCGGAAUUGCUCUUUAGCAUCAAACAUCACUUCAAGCAGUCUACGACCCUGUGAGUUUAAAAUGGGAAAAGUUUUGGGUUCCCUUCAAACCUUCCGAUGCACAUAUAAUUUUGAUUUAAGGUUGCCUAUACCACAUGAUGAAUUGGAGAUCACAAAAUUUUCUAAUAUUCUUCGGGAUGAAAUCAUACUCCAUGCUAAGGAACUUUCAAGUGCAAAGGCUAUAAUCAAUGGCAAAUUGGUGGCUGAGAAUCAGGAUGAGCUAUCUUUAUCUGAUAAUUUUCAUGAAGUUGAAUUGCUUUUACCUUUUCUGCAAGAUAAAUAUUUGGAAGCGUGUGGGCAGAAGGAGGUGGUUGGUGUUCUAUUGUUUCAAGGAUCUGUUUGCUCUCUUUCGUACUUGAAUUCGAAGGAACCUAUUCUGCAAGCUUUAAUUGAUAUAAAGGAGGAUAUUAUUAGGAGUUUGCUCAGUAGACUGGAUAAUAUUUGUGAUGAGGCUGACAAGGACUUGGAAUCUGAUGGCGGCCAGGAGAACGGAUCUGAUGUUCCUGUUCCACAUUUUGAUCUUUUGACACAAAGAAAACAAUGCAUCCUAUCAUUGCCUCGACGAGUGUUUGUUCCAUGGCUGGAUGGUACUUACAUCUGUGAUUAUAUUCAAUCAUCCGAAACAAUGGAGGUUCUUAAAGACCACUGCACCGAGCUGAUGUCAAUGGAAGUUCCAUCAGACGAUUCAGAAAUUAUGGAACCUGAAUCGAAUCCCCCCACCGCAACAGCUUCUACCACAAAUUCCUUCUGGGAUAUUGCAAUGGGUUUGUCGUCAGCAACGAAGCCAGGUGAUUCAGUCUCAAAGAAGACCAAGAACAUUGCAGGUACAAAUCCUGCAAACUUCACCGAUUUAAAGUCUGUGCUAUCCAUUUUGGUUCUGAUCAUCUCCCUAAUAUUGGGGUUAGUUCUUUAUAUUAUCGGCGACUGAGUAGUGGUUUCUUACGUAAAAAGUUUUGGUUCUUCAUCUUUGAGACUUUCACCCCAUAGAUUUGCUUUCUUAUUGUGCCAAAAACUUGCGGGAAUCUUUCACAUUAGGAGCUUUCAUAGUUCUAAAGCAAACUGUAUAAUUUAGAAACUGCAUGUGUUUUUAGAGCGUAUCUGUUAUAUUUCAUGCACAAAUUCUAUUAAAGAAGUGUAACGGGAAUGUUUGCUUGUGUUUUUGAGUUGUUUCGGUUUUUAAAAUUUUGAAGUGAACAAGUAUUUGUUGCAUUUUAAACAAAAUACCCACUCUAUGUAUUAUUUAAGAGAGACUUUUUACUUGGACUAACAAUUGAUAGAAAUCAACAUGUAUUAAGAAUAGCACAGCAUAGAGAAAUAAGAAAAAACAUGUAAGAACUUGUUCAAAUCAAUCUUUUCACUGACACUUGUUAAACAAACAAUAGAGGUAAAUUCUGACAAAACAAAUACCAAUGGUCACCAAAGCCCCACAACAAAAAGUUGUAAUGCUGCAGAUUAUCUCAGUACAGAGCUAACCUCAAUGCUCCCAUCAAUAAUCUAAUAUGAAUAUCGAAAAAUCCGAUGAAUAUACUAUUACAUCACUUGUAAAUAAAUAGUGAGACGAUAGUAAGACUACCUACUAUCAUUGUUGAAAUUGUGAUCAAUGGUCAU